AAUAUAUAAUGGGGUACUUGGGUUGCAUUCGUCAUCAGUGCCAAAUUGUUGAUAUAAAAUGUCAAUGCGUUGAUGGGCUUGAAUUGUGCGUGCGCGCGUUGUACAUUUGACCGCUGUUAGCCGAAGCUAAUUGCUACUCUUCACUAGCUCACAUUCAUCAGAUAAGCGCUAGCCUAGCGAGCUGACAACAAAUGUCGUCGUAUAGUUAUCAAAGAACAGUCAUCAACUGUAGUGACGUUUCUCUUGAUGCGCUUGGAGAGGCGUUCUUCGCAACGUCAGCCAUACACAGUGAGGAUGUCUUCGAACGAAGAAGGUUACGUAGUUCGAAUCAGAGGCCUUCCUUGGACCUGCACCCAGAUGGAAGUGGCCAGUUUCUUCUCAGACUGUGACAUUGUAGGCAAAGUCAACGGAGUGUGUUUUACCUACUCGAAAGAAGGCCGCCCCAGUGGGGAGGCCUUUAUUGAGCUGAAAACAUCAGACGAUUUCAAGAAUGCUCUUUGUAAAGAUCGCAAAUACAUGGGACACCGAUACAUUGAAGUGUUCAAGUCAAACCGAAGCGAAAUGGACUGGGUGCUGAAGCGUAGCGGCCCGGCUGACUACGACAGCUCCAGUGGCUGCAUGCUGAGACUCCGAGGCUUGCCCUUUGGCUGCAGCAAGGAGGAAAUCGUUCAAUUCUUUUCAGGGUUGAGAAUCGUGCCGAAUGGGAUUACUCUGCCAGUGGACUACCAGGGGAGGAGCACAGGGGAAGCCUUCGUGCAGUUUGCCUCAAAGGAGAUAGCAGAAAAGGCUCGGGGGAAACACAAGGAAAGGAUAGGGCACAGGUACAUAGAAAUCUUUAAGAGCAGUCGCGUCGAGAUCCGAGACUACCUGGACGAACCCCGACGGGUCAUUGGGGGCCAGAGACCGGGGCCCUACGACAGACCGGUGAUGGAGGGCCCCCGGGGGGGAUACUUUAGCUCUGGUCCAAGUCGCAGCAACUCUCUCAUGGAUUCCAUGAGGGGCGUAGGGGGCUAUGGGGGAGGUUAUGGACAUAGUUUUGAUGGCUACAAUGGCUUAAACAACUAUGGCUUUGGGAACUGCAUGUAUGAUGAGCGCGGAAGAGAUGAGCGAGGAGCAAGAGGCAACAGUUACAGUCGUCAAUCUGAAGGAAGCUCAACAAGUUACCACGGCAGUGGCGGUGGCCAUUUUGUCCACAUGAGGGGUCUGCCUUUCCGCGCCAGCGAGAUGGACGUCGCUAAAUUCUUUUCACCUUUGAACCCGCUGAGAGUCCAUAUUGACAUCACUCACAACGGCAAGCUGACAGGGGAGGCUGACGUGGAGUUCCGCUCCCACGAGGACGCCGUGGCUGCCAUGUCCAAAGACAAGCACAACAUGCAGCACCGCUACAUCGAGCUCUUUCUCAACUCGACAACCAGCGGAGCCGAAACGAGUCGUGGUGGGUACUAUAGUAACUCAGGAGGCGGCUCGCGGAGCGGCGGGCUGCGAGGCGCAUACUGAUGUCAAAACCUGACUUCCUUUCUCAUGUUGCUCAAUGGUCACAUUUAUCUCCAAUCUGACAGUUUUGGUCUUUCACCACUUCUUCCUUUCUUACUUAUUUAAAAAUGCAUACAGCACAGGAAAUUACAUUGAGUUAUUCAGUUUUGUUAACAAGACUGAAAGUGGUAGAUGAUGGAUUAUGGUCUGGUUUUAUGUGAAAAUCAAUCAUGGUUUCAGUUGCCAAGACCAGUUAGUACCACGUGUAGGAAGCUUGUGGCAAAUGUCAUACUAGUACACUUGUACCAACAUUCUU